ACCGCGAAGGUCGUUAAUUUCGGUCACCACUUGAUGGUAUGAUUAGCGCUUUGGUUCUAUGCAGAAGGGCGAAAGAAGAAGAAGAAGAAGAAGCAACUCACUCAAAAGCUUAUGCAUAUGGCGGUGGAGCCAACUGUUCACCUCAUGCAAGGCAUCCUCGAGGCUAAGACAGGCGUUUGACUUGCUGAGGAGCCUCCAAACCGCUUUGGAGUUCGGGUGGAUAUACCCGAUGAGGGCACAGCGGUACUCGGCGACCUCUCCUGGCGGAUGUGUCACUGGCGGUUCACUCAGUCAGCACGCGAGACUUCUGGAAUAGGAUGAUGGGAAAAGAGAUGCGAGAGAAUCGGAAAUUUCUUCUGGGAAGAAAGGUUCCGGUCCAACUCGGCGAGGAUGCUGCGCAGAGGGUCU